AAGCAGUGCAUGUAUUAAAACGGUUCUUUUCCUCUGAACGGCAAUUUUAUUUCAUCAAUCUGAACACAGAACAUCAGCCUGUUGCAUCUGCAGAAUCUUUUCUUGCACGGAUUGGAAGGCUGCCCUUCUGCAGAUUCAGAGCAAGUCUGAAGCAAGAGUCAUACACAUAGCGGAUUUCAAGAGCAACACGGUGGGCAUUAUUUCUGUAUGAAGAAGAAAGACCUGCUUGUUUCUGUGAGAGCAGAAUAACCAAGAAACCAAAAUCCUUUGCAAGAAUGAUUUCUCAUAACAUGUCGUGGAUUGAGUACCCAAGCCAGAGUCGAGAUUCAUUAACCCGUUUUGAAGAGAUCAUAUAUUCCAACAACGUAAUAUCAAGACUGAUGCAUGGCUACAUUGCGCUUUUUGUACCAGUUGGUUUAGUAGCUGGAGUCAUUAUCUUGGCCAUCUUCAUCAAGAACUACAGGCAGCAUGAUUUGGAGAAAUUAGACAUACUGUUAUUCGCUCAUACCAUCAGCAACCUCUUAAUGAUUCUUUUCUCAUUCACUGUGACAGCAAGGCCAGACUACCUCGAAGUAUCCUACUUUGAAUGUGGAGUUCUCUCUUUUUUUUCCAAUCUGAGUUACUUCAGUUCUCAGUACCUUCUUAUCCUAAUGGUGCUUAGCAUUUUUCUUCAUAGGCACCCUCCCCAGAAUACAUUCAUUAAAAAGGCUCAUAAAAAUCCUUUGAUAUGUGUUGGAUUUGUCCUAACAUGUGCCUUUUGUGCUGCAUUGAUCGUGGUGGCGCUGCUGGGCGUAGAGAAUUACGACAAAGGAACAGACUGUCAAUUAGAUCCUUUAUUUGCAUGGCCUGAAUAUGAGAUUAUUAAAUUUACCUUUGGCUUUGGACUUCCAUCUUUGUCCCAACUUCUCUGUUUUAUUCUACUAUUAAUGAAAGAAACUCGGCCGGAAAUCCAUCCGCCAGGACAGAAUGUUCAUCCUUACUUGACUGUUUUGGUUAUAACGAUAACCACAUUUAUGAGCAGCCUAUUUUAUAACAUUAUGAUUCUCUCCAGGACCAACCUGAAGAUACAGAGAAGUAUAGGGACACCUCAAAAUGAGCUGACAAUGAACACUGCAGAGAUUCUUCUAUUUAGCAUGAGCUGUGCCAAUUUAGUCAUCAUACUUUUCCUUCAUAAACCAUACAGGAGUGGCUUAUGGAACAUUAUAACUAAUCUCACUAAAGUUUGCAGGAGGAGACAGGAUAGCAACAGAUCUGUUGAAAUGCCAGAAACUCAUACUGAAGUCUCAUCCGCGCCCUCUGAAAAUGGAUCUCCCAUGCCGUCCUGAAAAUAUUCGCAUUAAAAGAGAAGACCUAGGUAUCUGCUAGCUUGCAAAACCAGAAGGAACAAACAGCUUCCAACUUUCAUUGUCCCUACAGAAAUAUUCAGAAAUUUCUGAAGAAGAAAUGUUCUCCAGCAUGGAUUGACUGUUGCAAUCAAUUGGAAGCUUUGCCAGUGUUACUAUGAAAUGUUGGCCCUUUCCUUUUGUGUGCUGGUGAAUGGACUGCAGAACAAACAGCAAAAACAAAUGAGGUCAAGAGUUUUUAUGGAGCUUCCAUAAUACUCCUAGGCAAAUAAAUCUUUCAAGUUCACAGUGGUUUGUAGAAUAUAAGUAGCAAAUUCCAUUAUCAAAUGGGAACCCGCAGCAGGAAGAAAGAAGGGAUAUAUUGAAAUAGUAGGAUAUUAUCCAAGAGAAGCAAUCCCUUGAUCCUCAAAAAUUUUGAUCCCUAUAUGUUCACAAGGGGUGCAAUUCACAUGCAGGGAGGCUGCCCCCUUUUCUGUAUUCUUCAACCAACCCAAAGGCAACAAAGCAAGCAGCCAUAGAGUUGUUAGAAAUGUCCUGGGCUCAAAAUCUUACCCACUAGUACAUGCGAGUGCUCCCCAAAAGCUAUCUAAUUUAUGAAAUGGGGCAGCACUGCAUGCAACUCCAGAAGAACAUACACACCCCUAAUUCAGAGUCUUCCAUUAGGCAGUCAAGCUUUUUCAGUAAUUACUCCAAAAUGGUGGAAUUUCCUCUUAUUAAAAGGAAAGUUUCCCCUCUCUAUUGUCCUUUCACAGGACAAUAUUUUGUUUUGUUAAGCCUUUGAGCAAAGUUAUAUUUCUCUGGAGUGUUUGGUUUUAAAAAAAUAUAUAUUAUUUUAUACUGUA